AAGUUGCUUGACCCGCCACCCAAAGUCGGCGAGGAACCAGGGUCUGUCGAGGGACUUGACUCGCAACUGCUGGCUACCUUGGACGAAAAAGUGGCCUUUGUGAAGUCCCAGAAUGCUGAAUCUCGCACACGCAUAAAGGAGUUUUUGUGUAUUGCGACCAAAAUAAUGCAGAUGCUGGAGAAGUCAGUGCAGAGUCUCGACCUUUGCGAGACAUCCGCGGUCGAAGCAGUUCGGGCAAAGUGGUCCGACUCCAGCAGCCUCUAUUGGAACAGUCUGUCUUCGUUAGUGGGGCUGUGUCCGCUGCCGAUGCUUUUGAAACUUGUUUCAACCCGUUCAGAUCUCGACAGCUUCGAGUCUGACUUGAAAAAACUUCAGUUUUCCGUCGAAAAUGGGGAUGCUUUCUAG